AUGGCUUCGACUGCCACUGCCCAGAACUUGUCCUUUGUCCUACAGGGCAUUCACCAGGUCUCCUAUGAGGACCGCCCGCUGCCCGAGCUGAAGAACCCCCACGACGUCAUCAUCAACGUCCGCUACACCGGUAUCUGUGGCAGUGAUGUUCACUACUGGGAGCAUGGCGCCAUCGGCAACUUCGUCGUUAAGGACCCCAUGGUUCUGGGCCACGAGUCUGCCGGCGUCAUCAGUAAGGUCGGAUCCGCCGUCACUUCCCUCAAGGUAGGUGACCACGUCGCCAUGGAGCCUGGUAUCGCAUGCCGACGAUGCGAGCCCUGCAAGAGCGGCAAGUACAACCUAUGCGAGAACAUGGCAUUCGCUGCGACCCCGCCAUAUGAUGGCACCUUGGCCAAGUACUAUGUGCUUCCGGAGGAUUUUUGCUACAAGCUGCCCACGAACCUCUCGCUGCAAGAGGGUGCUUUGAUGGAGCCGCUCAGUGUGGCUGUUCACAUUGUGCGACAGGCUUCAGUCAGCCCCGGACAGACCGUCGUCGUCUUCGGUGCUGGACCCGUUGGCCUUCUUUGCUGCGCUGUCGCCACAGCAUUCGGAGCUUCGCAGGUCAUCGCUGUCGAUAUCCAGCAGCCGCGUCUGGACUUUGCUAAGCAGUAUGCUACCACUGCCACUUUCAUGCCCAGCAAGUCGCCCGCGGUAGAGAACGCUGAGCGUCUGAAGCAAGAGAACAACCUGGGCACUGGUGCUGAUGUCGCCAUUGAUGCCUCUGGCGCUGAGCCCUCCGUCCACACUGGUAUCCACGUCCUCCGCAACGGUGGCACUUACGUUCAGGGCGGCAUGGGCCGUAGCGAGAUACAAUUCCCUAUCAUGGCCGCCUGCUCCAAGGAGUUGACUCUGAAGGGUAGCUUCCGCUACGGCAGCGGUGACUACAAGCUCGCAGUCGGUCUGGUUGCGUCCGGUAAGGUCGACGUCAAGAAGUUGAUCACGGGCACUGUCAAGUUCGAGGAUGCCGAGCAGGCUUUCAAGGACGUCAAGGCUGGCAAGGGCAUCAAGACCCUCAUUGCGGGUGUUGCCGAGUAA